GCCUCGCACAGCAUCGCACGGGCCCAACCGCGUUCAUAAUUUAACACCACGUGAACGUUAAAUAAUCUGUUUUUAUUUCCUUUUUUGCGGUAACACCAUAGAAAAAGCCAAGGCCCUGCCUACCGAUCUUCUGAUUUUUUGAUAACACUGGGACCAUCAUCAACGCGUGUGUUUAGCUCAACACACCCCCGAACACUGAAUAGUAGGCAUGUGUGUAGCGACAAGCCGAUAUUGCACCCUAGAUUGUCCCUGCGGCAGGCAUGUCAGUAGGCGCUUUAAUGUAAAUAGCCACUCCAAGAAGAACACAAAGUAAAUAAGAUUAAACUUCAAUGUAUGAAAAAAGUUAUCACACACCCCAGCUUUAAAAAGAGACCUUUUACUUAAUCAGUUAUAAAAGUGCCACUUCUGAUAUGUCAUGUGAGAUUAAAGAGAUUUAAAUAAAACAAACUUUAAAAGAUUGUAUGAGAUUUAGUCACCUAAUUAACGGAAGUUAAGAAAAAGAAAACUGCUUAUCACUUUGAUUAAUGCACAGUCUGAAGCUCAUUGUUGAAAUGUUAUUUAACUUACUGCUAAUACUUUUAGUAAUAGUUCUACCACAUAGUUAGAACAAUAUAAACAAUAAUAACAAGCUAAUUUAAUCAUUCUGUCAAUAAGAUGUGCAAGAUUCUGCUAAUUACAGACUCUUAUCAUUGGUAGCGAUAUCUUCAUAAAUAUUUAACCUGAUGAAGUGUCGUAUGAUGAUUAUCGAAGUGCAAAUACUGUAUCAUUAACACAUAAAUCUUACUUCAAUAUACGUUUUAUAAGUGGCGCAGCUUCUAAAUAGUACAGUCUAUGAAGUCAUAAUAGAAAUAUUCCAUUAGAAUGCCUUAUUGUCUUAUUAGACUCGUUAAAUGAUUUGAAUCAGAGUUAGUUAUAUAUUUAUAAAUAAUGGACUUAACAAAGGAAGUUGAAUUGAACGGCUUAAAAGCCGAAACAGAUAUAGCAGCAGAAAAAGAGGAUGAAGAGGAUGAAUGUUCACCACUUCAAAAUGACGAUGAAGAAAAAGGGAUUGAGAAAGUUAAAAAGAAAUUAUCAUUAAUGGAUAGGUUAAGAAAUAUAAAGGCUAAUACAACUGUUGAACCGAUAAUGGCAUGCUACGUUAUGCCUAGUGUUCUAUCUUCGUUGGCUGUUCAAAAUUUAAAUUUAGAGAAAGCGUGCUUGGUAAAUCUUAAUUUCUCCGAAGAAAUUUGCGAGGCUCUGAAGUUGAGAGAAACAGAAAACUACACAAACUACGAAAAAGAUGUUCAAACACUAAUUGCCGGUGUUCAGGCUUGGAAGAACAUGAUACAAACAGCAAUACCAGUUUUACUUAUACUUUUUGUGGGUGCAUGGAGUGACAAAACUGGUAGAAGAAAAGCAUGUAUCCUAAUGCCUAUAGUAGGUGAAUUUUUGACAUGUAUUGGUUUUAUUGUAAACACAUAUUACUUCUAUGAGUUGCCAGUAGAAGUUGCGGCUUUAACUGAAUCCAUAUUUCCUGCAAUAACUGGUGGAUGGUUCACGAAUUUUAUAGGAGUGUUCAGUUACAUUAGCGAUAUUACGACUAAAGAAGAUCGUACGCAUAGAGUGGGCAUUGUAAAUUUGUGUAUGACGUUAGGUUAUCCUAUCGGAAGUGCGUUGAGCGGAAUUUUGCUCCGCUGGAUCGGAUAUUAUGGAGUGUUUCUUAUUUCUGGUUCAUUAUAUCUAUUCUGUUUGAUUUAUGGAUACAUUUGCUUGGAUGACCCAAAAAGAAAGAUCCGUGAGAAAAAGGAGCGCAGCGCGAUAUUAAAUUUUAUAAAGGAAUUUUUUGAUGUUGCCCUCGUACUAGACACCUUCAGGAUAGCAUUCCAGAAAGGAGUUGGUAACAGAAGACUUAGAGUAUCAUUAUUACUCAUAGUGGUUUGCGUCGUCUUUGGACCAUUACAUGGGGAGAUCACCAUAACGUAUUUGUUCACGAGAUUUAGAUUCAAUUGGGAUGAGGUGCAGUUCAGUAUUUGGUCAACUUAUUGCAUAGUCACCAAUUUCAUAGGCACUGCGCUCUCGAUGUCCCUGUUCAGCAGCUACAUGAAACUGGACGACACUUUGUUGGGAAUUAUUUCGUGUACGAGCAAAGUUAUCGCCUCUUUCGCAUACGCCUUCGCGAGAAACGAUCUCGAAAUAUAUUUGGCGCCUUUGCUCGAGAUACUCAACGGAACAUCUUUCAUUGCUAUGCGUUCUAUAGCGUCUAAACUUGUUAGCGGGGAAGAGUUCGGAAAAGUGAACUCUCUGUUCGGAUUGGCGGAGGCUAUGAUGCCGUUGGUAUACGGGCCUCUCUACUCGCAGGUGUACACUGCCACACUGGACCUUCUUCCUGGGGCUGUGUUCCUGUUGGGGGCACUACUUACUCUACCAGCUAUCGGGAUAUUUGGGUGGCUGUAUUUUGAACAGAAAAAGGACGAGAUAAGAGAACACUCGAAAGCAGAUGCCGUCGUCGAGAAGCAAUAAUGCUCAUUUUUCAAUAAAACACUGAAGGGAAAAAAAUUAACUUUAUGAAUGCUGCAAAAUACACUUUAUUCAACAAGUGGCAAGGUGUUAAGUGGAGCAGACUAUAUUAAAGAUGGACUCUUCGGGAAACGUGACAGUGGAUAGCCUGUAAAGUCUGUGGUUAGCCUGUAAAGUCUGUGGUUAGUCUGUAAAGUCUUCUAUUGUUUAAAUUCAGCUCAAGCAACUUUUGUUACAAUCGGCUAGCG